AUUGAAUGCCCUGGUGCGCUGUCUGCUCUCACUGCAUUCUGGGUAAUGUAGUCCUGGACAGAUCUUCAGUUGGGCGUGGAUGAAGGAAUUUCGCUUCAAGGGCGGGAUAUCAGAUCCAUCACAAUUGGUCAGAUGAACUGUUUGUCAACCUAUAUUGGGACAAUCUUUCUAGUGAUUGGUGAGAGCGGAGGCGGGGUUAAGCAUUAUCAGCACCCCAUUCGGAGUCGGUGUUGUCCAUUUGGUGUCGUGAGGGGGUGGGGCGGAUUUUCUAGGAAACACUCACUGAUUGGCUGGAUGUGCUGGAAAUGCCGGAGGGUCAGCCCCCACCGUGCGGCGAUUGGCUCACCCCUUAGCGGUGGGGGCGUCAGAGGCGGUGUCAGGGGAGGUGGCGGCUCCAGAGAUGGCAGUGAGCGAGAGGAGGGGGCUCGCCCCCCGGACCCCCCUGGAGUGGGGGCAGGGGCUACUUCUGCUGCUGCUCUUGGGUGGCUGUUCUGGGCGCAUCCACCGACUGGCGCUGACGGGGGAGAAGCGAGCGCACAUCCAGCUGAACAGCUUCGGCUUCUACGCCAAUGGCUCCCUCGAGGUGAACCUGAGCGUCCUGCGUCUGGGCCUCCCGGAGACGGAAGAGAAGGCCCCGCUGGUGGGGUUCAGUCUGACUCGGGUCCGACCUGGCAGUGCUCGAUCCUACUCAACCCGGGACCCCCACGAUUGUCCUCUCCAGAAAAACAGUAGCAACCUCCUGGUUCUCUUCCUCAUUGACACCAAGGAUCUGCGGGUCCAGGUGAGGAAGUAUGGGGAGCAGAAGAAGCUGUUCAUCUCUCCUGGGCUCCUCCCCGAAGCACCUUCUGAACCAGGGCCCCCAGCGCCAGUGCACACAGUCACCCCUAAAGUGGACAGUGGGACCACCCCUGCGCUCGACAAGGCCAAGGCAAAACCCAUAGUGUCUCAGGAAGCCCAGCAGGGCCCCAGCGAGGACAAGGAACUGGUUCUGGGUCUUGGGCACCUCAACAACUCCUACAACUUCAGCUUCCACGUGGUGAUCGGCUCCCAGGCUGAGGAAGGCCAGUACAGCCUCAAUUUCCACAACUGUUACAACUCCAAGCCGGGCCAGGAGCGGCCGUUUGACAUCACGGUCAUGAUCCGGGAGAGGAACCCUGAGGGCUUCCUGUCAGCAGCGGAAAUUCCCCUUUUCAAGCUGUAUAUGGUCAUGUCUGCCUGCUUCCUGGCCGCUGGCAUCUUCUGGGUGUCCAUCCUCUGCAAGAACACGUACAACGUCUUCAAGAUCCAUUGGCUUAUGGCAGCCCUGGCUUUCACCAAGAGCAUCUCCCUCCUUUUCCACAGUAUCAACUACUACUUCAUCAACAGCCAGGGUCACCCCAUCGAAGGCCUCGCCGUCAUGCACUACAUCACACACCUGCUGAAGGGUGCUCUCCUCUUCAUCACCAUCGCCUUGAUCGGCUCUGGCUGGGCCUUCGUGAAGUAUGUCCUGUCAGACAAGGAGAAGAAGAUCUUUGGGAUCGUGAUUCCCCUGCAGGUCCUGGCCAAUGUGGCCUACAUUGUCAUUGAGUCCCGCGAGGAGGGUGCCAGCGACUACAGGCUUUGGAAGGAGACCCUCUUCCUGGUGGAUCUCAUCUGCUGUGGCGCCAUUCUCUUCCCUGUGGUCUGGUCCAUCCGGCACCUCCAGGACGCAUCUGGCACUGAUGGAAAGGUGGCAGUGAACCUGGCCAAGCUGAAGCUCUUUCGGCAUUACUACAUCAUGGUCAUCUGUUACGUCUAUUUCACGAGGAUCAUCGCCAUCCUGUUGCAGGUGGCCGUCCCCUUCCAGUGGCAGUGGCUGUACCAGCUCUUGGUGGAAGGCUCCACUCUCGCCUUCUUCGUGCUCACUGGCUACAAGUUCCAGCCAGCAGGCGACAACCCAUACCUGCAGCUGCCUCAGGAGGACGAGGAGGACAUGCAAGCGGAGCAAGUAAUGACCGAUUCUGGGUUCCGGGAAGGCCUGUCCAAAGUCAACAAAACAGCGAGCGGGCGGGAACUGUUGUGAUCAUCCCGGCAUCUGGGGCAUCUGGGACCGGCGCUCGCCUCCCGCCUGCUCCCACCCCUCCUCACAUUCCUCACUCCCGCAGGCUCCCACAGCGCCAGGAGGGGGAGGAGGGGGAGGGCGCCUGGGGGCGUGCAGCGCCCAGCCCCCUGAGGCUUAAGCCUCAGAGCCCAUUGAGAAGAGUGCUCCCCACUUCCCCCAAGUAUUGGGCAAUCCUGUCCCCACCCCGGAGCCAUCUGCCACUUGCAGUUGCACAAUAAUGACCGAUCUGUUUUUGCUA